AAUGAGGAAUGCCCAGCAUGUUUUGGUUAGACCAGACGAGAGGCUCUUGAGGUAUGAAUCAUUUGUUUUUGCUGCAGGUUGAAGUACAAAAAUCUAAUCUUUUGUCUAAAAAGUGAUUAGAUAGAUUGUUUUGCUUUGGACAAAGCAAGGCGAAGUGAUACUUCAUCAUACCUGGGAAGGCCGGUCGUUUUUUCAUCUGGGGGCUAAAUUUAAAAAAUGGGUAACAAGACACCGUCAAGAAGCAAAUCAGGUUGUUCUAAAGAAAUGAACACAACCACAGUAUUCAAACAGGAGCAGCCUCAAACUUGGUGCUGCUGUUUUAAAAAACAAGUGUCUUAUAGAAUUCCAGCUCUCAUUUAUGUCAGUGAUGAGCAAACCUUCCUUGCCUUUGCUGAAAAGAGAAAAACAUUAAAUGACACAAGUGCAGAAGUGCUUGUGAUGAGAAGAGGAACAUGGGUGGAUGCCAAGACUAAAGAAGUUGAGUGGGUCAGUGGUCAUCAGGUCCUCAGUUCAGCUUGUCUACCAAACCACCGCAGCAUGAAUCCAUGUCCAGUCUACGAGAAAGACUCCAAGACCCUCUUCCUGUUCUUUGUCUGUGUUCCCACUCAGGUCUCUGAAUUUGAUCAAAUACGAACAAAUAAGAGCCAGGGGAGACUUUGUUAUGUAGCCAGUAAGGACGCAGGCAAAACCUGGAGCCAAACAAUAGACUUGACAGCAGAUGUGAUCGGUGAGCAGGUGAACGAAUGGGCUCCCUUUGCUGUUGGACCAGGACACGGUGUUCAAACAAAGAGUGGUCGACUGAUUAUCCCAGCAUAUGCCUAUCGUUACACAGGCAAAACUGACUGCACUUCAUUCUGCUGCUUAUCAUUCUGCUGCUUCACACCUUAUGCUUUAGCUUUCUACAGUGAUGAUCAAGGAAUCACAUGGAAGGCAGGACAACAAAUGGACGUUGAGUCGUGUGAGUGUCAGAUGGCAGAGAUUGUAGGUGAGAAAGGUGGCAGUACUCUUUACUGCAAUGCUCGAACCCGUCUUGGCUACAGAACUGAGGCUCUAAGCAAUAAUGCUGGAGAGGAUUUUGAUACUGUUUUAUCGUCAAACAAGCUGAUAGAGACUGGUAAGGGAUGCCAAGGCAGUGUGUUGAGUUUUCUUGAACAAAGUAGUCCUCCACAAACAUGGCUGCUUUACUCUCACCCAUCCCAUCCAAAAAAGAGAGUGGAUCUAGGACUCUACUUGAAUAAAUCCCCAUUGGAUUCCUCGGGGUGGUCAGAUGAACCUUUAAUGAUAUUACAUCAUGGUCCCAGUGCAUACUCAGAUCUGGUAGAGUUUGAGCCUGGACACUUUGCUUGUCUCAUGGAGUGUGGGAAGGAACACGAGAAUGAAGAAAUAGCCUUUUUGCUCUUCAAACUUCCUGAGAAAAAACUAUAGAACUUUAGCUACAAAAUUAAGGCUACAAAUGAAUGGAUCAUGACAAAUCAAUUAAUAUUAUAUUAUAUAACAUGAUAUAUUUUACUGAGCUAAAUUACAAAAUAUAUAUUUCUAAUGUAAGACAAAUGGAUUUUUUUGCUUGCAUAAGCUGAAUAUUCUAAAAACCAAAGUGUAUUUUCAUUUUUAUUACAAUCCAAAUUUUAUAAUUUCCAUUUGUGUGUUGUUGAAUUUAUCUCUGUAAAUACUGAUCUUGAAACUGGGGUCUAUGUGGAAUUAAACAGACUGUGUUGUACUGUAUAUAUUCUGCUGAUUAUAAUACGUAUAAUAGAUUAUUAGUUUAACAGAUCUAUUAUGUAUUACAUUAAUAUAACAAAAAAGUUAAUGCCAGUGUAUUGCCUUUUAUUACUUUUGUUGAAUUAGUGUCAGACACAUUUGAAUAAAAUGCAAACUGUGGAACAAUGUGUUUACUCAUUUUAAACAAUAUAUAUUACACUCAAUAUGAGAUAUAAUUGAUUCUCUUUUGUUCUGCAUUCUUGUCAAUGAAGUCCACUGCAAACACAUGCUGCAUGUAUUAAUAAAUG